GGAGGGGCGUCGUUGAGGGCGAUUAGGGGCGAAAGCGAGGCUGUGGAGCAGGCGAGAAGAGACGGCGGGAGCUAGAGAGGUUGCAGCUCUAGGGUAGCCGCGAGGGGAGCGGCUGCCCGGGCCUGAGCCCGGGGCGUGCGAGACGGUGGAGGUGGGUGAGUGCUGGCGGGCGCGCGCGCCGAAGGCCGGUCUAGCCGCUCACCCUCCCCUGCGGCCUGCUCUCGCCACCCCGCCUGCGCACUGAGGGCCAGAGGGGGACGCGCGCCGGUGCCCAGGACCUUGCUGCCACCAUGACUGAGGAGUCAGAGGAGACGGUCCUGUACAUUGAGCAUCGCUUUGUCUGCUCUGAGUGCAACCAGCUCUAUGGAUCCCUGGAGGAGGUGCUCUUGCACCAGAACUCCCACGUACCCCAACAGCACUUUGAGCUGGUGGGCGUGGCUGACCCUGGAGUCACAGUGGCCACAGAGGCAGCUUCUGGCACAGGCCUCUAUCAGACCGUAGUGCAGGAGAGCCAGUACCAGUGCCUGGAGUGUGGGCAGCUGUUGAUGUCACCCAGCCAACUCCUGGAGCACCAGGAACUACACCUGAAAAUGAUGGCACCCCAGGAGGCAGUACCAGCUGAGCCACCUCCCAAGGUUCCCCCCCUGAGCUCCAGUACCAUCCACUACGAGUGUGUUGAUUGCAAGGCUCUCUUCUCCAGCCAGGAGCUCUGGCUGAGCCAUCGCCAGACACACCUCCGGGCCACUCCCACCAAGUCUCUGGCCCCAGUUGUCCUGGGGUCACCAGUUGUCUUAGGGUCCCCCAUGGGUCAGGCCCGUGUGGCCGUGGAGCACUCAUACCGCAAAGCAGAAGAGGGUGGGGAAGGGGCAGCUGUCCCCUCUGCCGCUGCAUCCACCACUGAGGUAGUGACUGAGGUGGAGCUGCUCCUCUACAAGUGCUCUGAGUGCUCUCAGCUCUUCCAGCUGCCAGCUGACUUUCUGGAGCACCAGGCCACCCACUUCCCUGCUCCUGCCCCAGAGUCUGAGGAGCCCACCUUGCAGCAGGAGACCCUGACCCCAUCACCAGCAGAGGUACCUGUGACUCAGCCUGAUCCCCUGCCAUCUGACCACAGUUAUGAGCUGCGUAAUGGUGAAGCCAUUGGGCGUGAUCGCCGGGGGCGCAAGGCCCGGAGGAACAACAGUGGAGAGCCAGGUGGGGCAGCCACCCAGGAGCUCUUUUGCUCAGCCUGUGAUCAACUCUUUCUCUCACCUCAUCAGCUACAGCAGCACCUGCGGAGUCACCGGGAGGGUGUCUUUAAGUGCCCUCUGUGCAGCCGUGUCUUCCCCAGCCCUUCCAGUUUGGACCAGCACCUUGGAGACCACAGCAGCGAGUCUCACUUUCUAUGUGUGGACUGUGGCCUAGCCUUUGGCACAGAGGCCCUCCUCCUGGCCCACCGGCGAGCGCACACCCCAAAUCCUCUGCAUUCAUGUCCAUGUGGAAAGAACUUUGUCAACCUCACCAAGUUCCUUUAUCACCGGCGUACCCAUGGGGUGGGAGGAGUCCCUCUACCUACAACCCCAGUUCCGCCAGAGGAGCCUGUCAUUGGUGUUGCUGAGCCAGCUCCAGCAGAGACUGGAGAGACAGAGGCCCCAGAGCCCCCUGUGUCUGAAGAGAGCCCAGCAGAGCCUGCUGCCCCAGGCACCUACCGCUGCCUCCUAUGCAGCCGUGAAUUUGGCAAGGCAUUACAGCUCACCCGGCACCAGCGUUUUGUGCACCGUCUAGAACGGCGCCAUAAGUGUGGCAUUUGUGGCAAGAUGUUUAAGAAGAAGUCUCAUGUGCGAAACCACCUGCGCACACACACAGGUGAACGGCCUUUCCCCUGCCCAGACUGCUCCAAGCCCUUCAACUCGCCUGCCAACCUGGCCCGCCACCGGUUGACGCACACAGGAGAGCGGCCCUACCGGUGUGGGGACUGUGGAAAGGCUUUCACCCAAAGCUCCACACUGAGGCAACACCGCCUGGUGCAUGCCCAGCACUUUCCCUACCGCUGCCAGGAGUGUGGAGUGCGUUUUCAUCGCCCCUACCGCCUGCUCAUGCACCGCUACCACCACACUGGCGAGUACCCCUACAAGUGUCGUGAGUGCCCCCGCUCCUUCUUGCUGCGCCGGCUUCUGGAGGUGCACCAGCUAGUGGCUCAUGCUGGACGCCAGCCCCACCGCUGCACAUCCUGUGGGGCUGCCUUCCCUUCCUCACUUCGGCUCCGUGAGCACCGCUGUGCAGCUGCUGCUGCCCAGGGCCCACGUCGCUUUGAAUGUGGCACCUGUGGCAAAAAAGUAGGUUCAGCUGCUCGGCUGCAGGCACAUGAGGCAGCCCAUGCGGCUGCUGGGCCUGGAGAGGUCCUGGCAAAGGAGCCCCCAGCCCCCCGGGCCCCACGGGCCACUCGUACACCAGUUGCUCCCGCAACAACCCUUGCAGGCUCUGCUGCUGCAACCCCUGCAGCCCCUACCCGACGCCGGGGCCUGGAGUGCAGUGAAUGCAAGAAGUUGUUUAGCACAGAGACAUCACUGCAGGUGCACCGACGCAUCCACACAGGCGAGAGGCCAUACCCCUGUCCAGACUGUGGCAAGGCCUUCCGUCAGAGUACCCACCUGAAAGACCAUCGGCGCCUGCACACAGGUGAGCGGCCUUUUGCCUGUGAAGUGUGUGGCAAGGCCUUUGCCAUCUCCAUGCGCCUGGCAGAACAUCGCCGCAUUCACACAGGUGAACGGCCUUACUCCUGCCCCGACUGUGGGAAGAGCUACCGCUCCUUCUCCAAUCUCUGGAAACACCGCAAGACCCACCAGCAGCAGCAUCAGGCAGCUGUGCGACAGCAGUUAGCAGAAGCAGAGGCUGCUGUUGGCCUGGCAGUGAUGGAGACUGCAGUGGAGGCGCUGCCCCUGGUUGAGGCCAUUGAGAUCUACCCUCUGGCUGAGGCGGAGGGGGUCCAGAUCAGUGGCUGACCCUGCCCAUUCCCCUGUUUAGCGGCACCAUGCCCUGUUGCUGAAGAACCUCCUCCAACAUCCCUUAAACUUCUGUACAUAUAGUGCCUCUUUCUCCACUCCUUCUAGCCACUGUAUAAGUUCUAUAACUGGAUUUAUUCUCUUCUGAGGGGUUUUCUGGGGUCCUUGAUAUGCAUAAAGGCACCCCUCUCCCUUCCAUGUGUUAGCACUGGUGGCCCCAAGGUGAAAUAGUUAAUAAAGACUGAUUUGGACAUUAA